UUUUCCAGCUUUCAAUCAUGGAGACAAGUUGUUUAGAAAAAUCUUUUAAUGCGAUCGAGGAAGCAUCAGUGACCUUGGAAAGUAGAAGCAUCAUUGACCGCCAAUUUCCAGACUUGACUCAGACAUUUUCAAAUCACUUUGUAUAUGAAAAAACAACAGACACAAAAGUGAAGCCUACUGCAUUAAAGAACAGUGUGAACAUGCCUAUUAUAGGCAUUGAGGGAAUCAACCAAUUAAAACCAGAUAGUCCCUCUGGUAUUGCACCUAAAAUCAACAAGGCUUAUUUUGCAGUUGGAAAAUGUCUUUAUCUGUGGGACUAUGUUAAUAGUAACAAUAUAAGUAUCUAUGAAGAAGAGGAUGAUAUUAUCGGUAUUGGGUUUGCGCCACCCAAGCCGGAUGUAUUUAAUAGCGAGAAGAUAUGUCAACUAUUGAUUGUCUCCACUCUGUCUUUUGUUAAAAUCAUUGCUAUUAGUGAACACCCUACUGAUGGGGUACGAUUCCACAAGACUGAUAUGUACACUAGCACAUCUGGAGUUAAUAUGAAAACAAUUCUUGGCACAAAUAACGGACGUAUAUUCAUGCUAGGAAAUGAUGGAAAUGUUUGGGAACUAGACUAUAGACAAAGUGAAGGAUGGUUUACUGGUAAAUGCUCAAAGAGGCUACACUCUCCAGGCUUAUUUUCCGCUUUAUUUCUAUCCAUGAACGAUCCUGUUAUUCAACUUACUGUUGAUGAGACUGGAAGAAUUCUAUAUCAACUAACAGCGCAUUCCCAUAUCAUUAUUACCUAUCUGGGCAAAAGUGGACAAGGUUAUCAACCAAUAAUCACCUAUACCAAAUCACAAGAAACUGCAAGGCUAAUGUGCCCUAGCCUGUCUUCUCUUGACAAUUUCAGAAUCGCUUCAAUUCAUCCAGUAUCUCCUUAUGAAUCCAGAGCAUAUCAACUUGUUGCCGUCACGUCAUCUGGUCAUCGUUUAUACUACAGUUAUCAUAAACAAGGAAGCAAUCUAAAGACUGAGGGUAUUCCAAGUGAUCUUACUCUCAUACACGUACGCUCUCCUCCAAGCAUGAUUCCAGGACAAAUUUCAAAGGCCCUUUACAAGGAUGGUGUCAUGACACUUGUAUACAACAACGAGCAAAAACAAUCUAUCUUUACGAUUUCUCCUGAUUUGGGCAAAUUAACAAAAAGUACUGCAGUCGGUCGACCUGAACUUGUUGAAUUUGUUGAUGAAACGACUGUUCCAGGAAGUAUUAUUGCUAUUGCUGAAUCACACUGCGCCGAAUAUCAAUUGAAUGAACUAUCUGCUCACUAUACUGCUCCAACUAGACAAUUACUCGUUUUGACAACGUGUGGAUUAUGUGUGUUGGCAAAGCAAAGGCCUAUUGACAUGUUAUUUGGACUUGUUUCAGGAACCUAUGAGGAUGCAGCUAUGCGAAUCAAUCAUUUUAGAGAAUUUUUGACCCACUUUGGAUACUCCAAUUCUUGUGCUAUGUCGCUUGGCCUUGUUACUUCCUAUAAUAGUAACUUAUACAAAACAAACUCAUCUGCGUCUGCUACUUCACAAAUAAUUACGACUGUUACUGCUCUUUUACAAGAACUUAGUGGUAUUCCUUCAGAUCUGUCUUUGCAUGAACAACAGUAUACUAGUCGGCAUGAUGGUCUGGCUCUAUUCUUGUAUCGCACCAUUCGUUCUGUUUGGGAUAAACCAUUCUUUAGUGAAGUAUUUAUUGAUGGCAAACUCGCAUAUGUAAAUGCAACCAAAAAAACAGAUCUGUUGGAUAUUCAGACUAUACUAAGGAAUCUUAUUGUAUUUAUGCAAAGCUACCCGACAUUGUUUCCAAAAGCUAAUGUCAACGCAGAAGAAAAGUCCAUAAAGAAUAUGUAUGAGCUUGCGGUUUAUGUUGCCGAGGCGAUUGCUUUCUUCGUUUAUUUGAUUGAUACUGGUGAUAUUGCAUUUAUCACACAAAACUUGAAAGCAGAAUUUAAAGAACAUCUGAAGACAGUUAGCUUAAGACAGCUACUUACAACAAGCGGACGACCUCUUGUUCGUGAAUUAACGGGAUCGCUUAUUGAAUGCACGUUCAGAAGACAAAACUAUGAUACAGAAUAUGUUAUAAGCAUUCUUCAACAAAACUGUGGUACUUUCUGCGACGCAAGUGUGGUUCUUCUUCAUCGUGCAACAUACGACAUUUAUUCUGCUCGAUCCGCUCCUAGUAGUCAAACCAAAGCUAUAUUGAAUAACGCACUGAACAUAUUACAAAGAAUCGCAGGACAAAUUCCUGCUUCAAGCUUAGCCGAGAUAUCUAAAGAGUUUGCAUCUCAAAAUUAUUCAGUAUAUGGUAUCAAUAUAGCAUUGACAUGUGCUAAAGCACGCGAUCCCAACAAUGCAACAAAUGGGCUUUUGAAAACUGGAUAUACUCCGAACGAGGCUACGGCAGAACUAUUCAAAGCCAAACAGCCUUUUUACGACGUUGUAUUUGAUUUACUCCUGGAUGUCACUAAUCGAGUUCCAGAUUGUACUUUUAAUGACUUAAAAAAAAAUGCUUAUGCAGCUGCCUUCAAUUCUCAGGAUAUUGCGUUUCACUACUACAUCUACGAAAAGUUUAUGAAUAAUGGUAUUGAUGGAGAGCUCAUUAAGACAUCACCAGCUUAUCUUGAAGAAUUUUUGAGCAGACAACCCUACUCGUAUAAACGCCUCAGACUUCUUGCCAAAUAUUACAAAGAACACGAAGAGUUUGAAAAAGCUGCCAAUGUAUAUAUUCAAUUGGCACAAUCACAGGAAGUGACCAAUGAAGAGCGUUCUCAAUACCUGGCAAAUGCUUCUAUUUGCGCGAGAAGUGUUACUGCCCCUGCAAAGCAGUACGAAAAAUAUCAUUUAUUACAAACAGUAAAUCAGUUAGAUCCUACACAAAACCAAUAAAUACCUCCAUUACAUUUUUUACACAAUUCAAAUAUUCUUGUGAUGUUUACAUACUUUUAUGUUAAUGCAGUAAAGGGUCAAUAGCUAACAAUUAC